AUGUCUAAUGGUUGUGAUGACUAUAGUCUUAAGUGGUUCUUUAUCUCUGUGGUAGGUACUCAUUUUGAGAUGAAACCCUACGAACACGAUGGAGUAGACUUGGAAGAUGGGAAGACAAGAAAACCCGGAGAUAAACCAGCUCUGAGAAAGAUACAUAACCAGGCUUUGUUAUCUGGUUUAGCUUAUUGCAUUUCAUCAUGCAGCAUGAUACUGGUGAACAAGUUUGUUCUUUCCAGCUACAACUUCAACGCUGGGAUAUUUCUAAUGCUAUACCAGAAUUUUGUCUCAGUGAUCAUUGUAAUUAUUUUGAGCUUAACGGGUCUAAUAACAACGGAACCAUUGACCUGGAGAUUGAUUAAGGUCUGGUUUCCUGUGAACGUUAUCUUCGUUGGUAUGCUUAUCACAAGCAUGUUUAGUUUGAAAUACAUCAACGUAGCAAUGGUCACUGUCCUGAAGAAUGUGACUAAUGUAAUCACAGCAGUUGGUGAGAUGUAUCUAUUCAACAAGCAUCAUGACAACAGGGUUUGGCUUGCUCUCUUCUUAAUGAUCAUUUCUGCAGUAUCUGGAGGAAUAACAGAUCUAUCUUUCAACGCUGUUGGCUAUUGUUGGCAAAUUGCUAACUGUUUCUUGACUGCAUCUUACUCUCUGACAUUGAGAAGGACCAUGGAUACAGCCAAGCAAGUUACUCAAUCGGGAAACUUGAACGAGUUCUCAAUGGUCUUGCUUAAUAACACACUCUCAUUACCUCUUGGCAUUGUUCUUUCUUUUGCUUUCAACGAGACAGAUUAUCUGUUUAAAACGCCACUUCUGCGAUUGCCAAGUUUCUGGAUGGUUAUGACACUCAGUGGACUUCUAGGUCUUGCCAUUAGCUUCACUUCAAUGUGGUUUCUUCAUCAAACCGGAGCUACAACAUACAGCUUGGUGGGAUCGUUAAACAAGAUACCAUUGUCUAUUGCCGGGAUCGUUCUUUUCAAUGUACCUACAAGUUUGCAGAACUCUGCAAGCAUACUCUUUGGUCUUGUUGCUGGAGUUGUUUUUGCUAGAGCCAAAAUGAGGGAGAAGUCUUAA